UUUACUGCACAUGCGCAUUUUCUAUUUCCGGGAAAAUGUCAACAAACAUGUAGGCCGCGAAUGAGCGAAUAUAUUUCAUCAUUUAACGUCUUUUAUAGUUGUUAUCAUUUUUAAACAUGUAUAUAUUCAGCAAGAAAACAGUCUCUUGGAUACUUAACUUUUUAUUAUUUGCUGUGGUGAUUCUCAGUUGGGUUUAUACAAUUUUGGCUGGACGCUGGGCAUCUGUUAGAUACAUGAGAGAAAAUUACGUAGUUGAACAAUAAAGACCCAGUUUACAAAAAUGGAAGUGAAGAAUGAAAAGGCUGCAAUGCUGAGUAACUAUGAAGUUCUUAAUCUACUCAAUGACAUGCAUAAAGGCCAAAGUAAACAAAGUAAAUUACAGACAAACCUGGCCACAAUAUCAUACGAAAUCACACAUUAUCUCGAACAAUCAGCUUGUUCUCAGCAAUCUCCCGAAAUCAUUGCAAAUUUCAUGAAAGCGUUAGAGUCAUUUAAAUUAACAAAGGCCGAGAAGUUACAGUUAUUGAACUUAAGACCAAAGACCGCCGUUGAGAUACAGUUGAUCAUAGAAGAGAGUGAGGAAAGAUUGACAGAAGAUCAGAUAUAUGAGCUGUUAGAUCUUGUAAAGGAACAUCUUCCAGGAGGUGACGAGGAGGAAGAAAUGGAAGCAGAAGACCAGGAACCAGAAUAACUGAUGAAUUAAAACAUAGUGUAGUUUAUCGUGUAUUGAAAACUCUUGUGUGAUUACUUUCAGUGAAAUUUGUCUUAGACUUCUAAGCUUAUUUUGGAAAAACAAAAUUCUAACAGCCAACAGGAUAGAAACUAAUUAUUGUACAUUCUAUAGCUGUGUUUGAUGAUAUACAUUUGAUAUCCAUGAACCGAUAUUCUCAAAAGAAAUGUUGAUAAUAACUUGUAUUUUGACUCUUUAAACUGAUUUAAUUAUAAUAAAACAAUAAACUAUGUUAAAGUAUGCAUUCCCAUCCAGUUGUUAUGAAGUUUUGUUUCUAUAUUUCAAGGCAUUUUAUUAUAUAAAAGAAAGUACCAAAAUUUCAAAUUUUAUGAUUUUUUUAUUAUUCUUCUGCCAUAGAUACAUGCCAACUAUAUUUACAGUAUAGAAUAAUAUAAUUUGUCAUGGUUUUGUUUUGAGAGCUGUAGGUAGGCCAUACUUUUUGACUGCUAGUGAAUAUUAUCUGUAUCAUAUUGUAAUGAUUUCUAUAUAAUUAUAAGUAUGAUUUACACAAUUAUAUUAUUAGAAACAGUA